GUUACAGAUAUGUGAUGCCAUGGGAAAGUGAGUUCAUUGACUCGCAGCGAGUGUGGGCCGAGUACACCCUGAAACGACAGGAAGCCAAUGCUCAGAACAGGCGUUUGACCCUGGAGGACUUAGAAGACAGCUGGGACCGUGGAAUCCCAAGGAUCAAUACUUUGUUCCAGAAGGACCGACACACACUCGCCUACGACAAGGGAUGGCGGGUCCGAACCGAGUUCAAAGCCUUCCAGGUACUGAAGCAGAAUCCAUUCUGGUGGACGCAUCAGCGACACGACGGGAAGUUGUGGAACCUGAACAAUUACCGCACAGACAUGAUCCAGGCUCUAGGGGGCGUGGAGGGAAUUCUGGAACACACACUCUUCAAGGGGACAUACUUUCCAACCUGGGAAGGUCUCUUCUGGGAGAAGGCCAGUGGAUUUGAAGAGUCGAUGAAGUAUAAGAAACUUACGAAUGCCCAGAGGUCUGGUCUCAACCAGAUCCCCAACCGUCGCUUCACACUGUGGUGGUCCCCAACCAUCAACAGGGCCAAUGUAUAUGUAGGCUUCCAGGUACAGCUCGACUUGACAGGUAUCUUCAUGCACGGCAAGAUUCCAACCCUGAAGAUCUCACUCAUCCAGAUCUUCCGUGCUCAUUUGUGGCAGAAGAUCCACGAGAGCGUAGUUAUGGAUCUUUGUCAGGUGUUUGACCAGGAACUAGAUGCCCUGGAGAUUGAGACAGUCCAGAAGGAGACCAUACAUCCACGGAAGUCGUACAAGAUGAACAGCUCAUGUGCCGACAUCCUCCUGUUUGCUGCUUACAAGUGGAAUAUGUCCAAACCCUCGCUCCUGGCCGACUCCAAAGAUGUGAUGGACAACACCACGACCCAGAAGUACUGGCUGGACAUACAGCUGCGUUGGGGCGACUAUGACUCGCACGACAUUGAGCGCUACGCCCGAGCCAAGUUCCUCGACUACACGACAGACAACAUGAGUAUCUACCCGUCUCCAACAGGUCUGCUGAUCGGCAUCGACCUGGCCUACAACCUGCACAGUGCUUAUGGUAACUGGUUCCCUGGCUGUAAGCCCCUGAUCCAAUCAGCCAUGGCCAAAAUCAUGAAGGCCAACCCUGCGCUGUAUGUGCUUCGGGAGCGCAUCAGAAAGGGCCUGCAGCUCUACUCGUCUGAGCCCACAGAGCCCUACCUGUCCUCACAGAACUACGGCGAGCUCUUCUCCAAUCAGAUCAUCUGGUUUGUGGAUGACACCAAUGUCUACCGAGUCACCAUCCACAAGACAUUUGAGGGAAACCUUACAACCAAGCCUAUCAACGGUGCCAUCUUCAUCUUUAAUCCCCGAACUGGUCAACUUUUCCUCAAGAUCAUUCACACGUCGGUCUGGGCUGGACAGAAACGUCUCGGACAGUUGGCCAAAUGGAAGACCGCAGAGGAAGUAGCUGCCCUGAUUCGUUCCCUCCCAGUGGAGGAGCAGCCCAAACAGAUUAUUGUCACAAGGAAGGGUAUGCUGGACCCCCUCGAGGUUCAUCUCCUCGACUUCCCCAACAUUGUCAUCAAGGGCAGUGAACUCCAGCUCCCCUUCCAGGCCUGUCUCAAG